UCUCAAAUUAUUUAUACAAAAAUUUAAAAAAAAAUGCUUAUAUACUAUUUAUGAUCAUAAAAAGAUCAUUUUCUGAUAUAAUUCAUGUGUAAAAAAGCAAUAUAUAAUUACAAAUUUUUCUUCUUGUGUGUCCUGUUCCUGUUUCGAGAGAAUAUUAAUUCUGCGUAAAAAUACUUAACAAAAAAAAAAAAAAUCGGCUGCCGCUGCCAGAAGCGCUUGACUCUCUUUUUGUACAGCCAAAUAAUACAAAGAACUCAAUUCAUUUACAAAUUCCAACAAAUAUCGUUUUUUUUUUAAUACUUGUUGAAAAGGAACUCAAAAAUAACAUCAAAAAGCUUAUGUUGAACCAAAAGGAAGAUACUUCUUCCAGAAAAUGAAUCCUUCCGAAUUAAGAAUGAUGUGGAUGAGUCAAUACAAUCCCGAUCCACUGUCCCUCGAAGAUGGCACCUCCUAUUUAAGUCAUCCAUCCGUCGGACUCUCCGUAAUGGACGAUAUCUCCCAACAAUCCAAUACAAUGGACAUGAAUCCAAUGAUGAGUGUUGUUGGCGGAGAAUAUACUGGCCAAGAAACAACCUCCGAAGUUACAUCUGUUACACAAGACAUACAGCCUACAACAGCUUUAAUUGUCCCACCAAAUGCUAACGAUAUCUAUGGGAUAUCGCAAUUAGGUGGCAUUCAUCAAAUUCUACAACAAUCUUCUGGGUUUGAGGCUUAUCCUCAAAUGAUUGACCAAGACGAGAGUAUUGAACACUCUGACACACAAUAUGUUACUCAAGAUUUCGAUGCAAUGGGCGAAAAUAGAGACGAUGUAGAAAUCGCUGGCCUUACCACCAAACAACAAGUUAUCAAUAUUGACGACUUUGUUUUAAUGACCGAUAGCAAUUCAUAUGACGAUACUGAAUUGAUUGGAAUGGGAGAUAUAAAAACAGAGCUGACAGAAAGAGAAGCAGCAGCUCCAAAUAAGUCAAGAAAUCAAAGAAAAUCGCGAAAGAUUGAACCAGUCAAUCGGCCGGGAUUGGUAUUAAAAACACCAAUUGCUUACAAAGGAAACAUUGAUCCAUCUGUUAUACCAAUUCAAAAAGAUGGUAUGGCAGUGUGUGAACGUUGUGGAGCUAUAGGGGUUAAACACACCUUUUACACGAAAUCCAGAAGAUUCUGCAGCAUGGCAUGUGCCAGAGGUGAAUUAUUUUCACUUGUUUGCAACAAAAUGAUUGGCUCAACAAGUUCAGCAGCAUUACCUUCCGGUUCGGAGGAAAGUAUAAUGAAUCAUGAAAGAUCGGAUAAUAUUGAAUUGGCACUGAGAGUGUCUCAUGUCAAAAAUCCCGAUUCGAAUUAUCGCUUUAAAAUAACAGAUCAAUCUUUAACAACCCUUAAUGAUAAUGAGCUAAUGAAUGUUCAAGAUGAAGUCGUCGAGCAAGGAGAUGCUGACGAAAGUUCUUCCAAUCAAAAACUCUACAUGUACCGCGAUGCAAUGCCUCUUGAGGAUCUACCUCAAAUAACAAAAUACGAACAGCUUCCUUCUCCGUGUCCUCAAAGUGAGAAAAUGUUCAGUAUCCGUCGGAGACAAUGCGAAUCAUUGGUUUCAUAUGAUUGGACAGAACGAUUAUCUCACUCAGAUUUUUAUGUUGCAUCGGUGAAAUGCUUUCCCCAUGCUCCGGGAUAUGAUGUUUGGGAUAAAAUUGGUAUCAAUAUGAAGGUAGAGGUGGAGAAUACAGAUUGCGACACAGACAAAGAAGUAGUACUGCCAGGACAGACACCUCAAUCGUUCUGGGUGGCAACUAUAUUGGAUAUUUGUGGGUACAAAGCAUUGAUGCGAUAUGAAGGCUUUGAUAAUACUUCGCAUGAUUUUUGGGCAAAUUUGUGUUCAUCAGAGAUGCAUUCGAUUGGAUGGUGUGCUACUCGUGGCAAGCCUUUAAUACCACCACGAACAAUUGAAGGCAAAUACAGUGACUGGAGAGACUUUUUAGUUGAGCGAUUAUCGGGAGCAAGAACACUUCCAUCGAAUUUUUAUAAUAAAGUUAGCGAAAGUAUGAAUUCUAGAUUCCGUCUUGGUUUGCAUCUAGAAUGUGUGGAUAAGGAUAAAAUUUCACAAGUCAAACUGGCUAUGGUCAGUAGAAUUGUAGGCAAACGUCUGCUUGUUAGAUAUUUCGAUUGCGAUGAUGGUUUUUGGUGUCAUGAAGAUUCACCCAUAAUACAUCCAGUUGGUUGGGCAACAACAGUUGGACAUAAUUUGGCUGCUCCUCAAGAUUAUUUAGAACGAAUGUUGGCUGGGAGGGAACAAAUGAUUGAAGUGCAUGAUGAUGAUGCAACUAUUGAGCUGUUUAAAAUGAAUUUUACAUUUGAAGAGUAUUUUAUUGAUGGAAAAACUAAUGGUUUCAUGGAAGGAAUGAAAAUGGAAGCUGUUGAUCCAUUGAAUCUAUCAGCUAUAUGUGCUGCAACUGUAAUGGCAGUUUUGAAAUUUGGUUACAUGAUGAUUCGAAUUGAUUCGUAUCAGCCAGAUGCAACAGGUUCCGAUUGGUUUUGUUAUCAUGAAAAAUCUCCAAGUAUUUUUCCAGUUGGUUUUUGCGAGACACAUGGCAUAAGUUUGACCCCACCGAAUGGUUAUGAUCCGAAGACAUUCAAUUGGAUGACAUAUUUGGAAGAAACACAAAGUGUAGCUGCUGAUGAACAUUUAUUUCAUCGUGUUGUACCGAAUCAUGGAUUUAAAGUUGGCAUGAGCGUCGAGUGUGCUGAUUUAAUGGAUCCACGUUUGGUAUGCGUUGCUUCAGUUGCCAGAGUUGUUGGACGUUUACUUAAAAUUCAUUUUGAUGGUUGGACAGAGGAAUAUGAUCAGUGGCUUGAUUGUGAGUCACCGGAUGUUUAUCCAGUUGGUUGGUGUGUUAUGGUUGGCCAUAAGUUAGAAGGUCCACCGAUUCAAGCACAAAUAUCGCCGAAAAUCGCAACAAAACCAAAACAAAAGAGAAAGAGAAAAAAGAUUGUUGCUAGUAAGAAUUUGGUUGUACGGCCAAUUUCGAUUAAAAGAGAAGGGCAGGGUAGUAAUCAGUGUGGUGGCGGGCAGAGAAAUUUUUCAUCAGAACGUUUGGGUAUACCACUUGAAAUGAAAACAGAACCAUCGUAUUAUGAAGAAGAAGUUGAUGAGGAAGAAUUAGAGGACGAUUCAUCGAGACAAUCAAAUCGUUCAACACCUGUAGCUACAUCAACCGAACAUCAACUUGGUGGUGGUGAAAAAAUAAAAAUAACUUCAACUGAGAAUGUAAUUGCCUUGAAUGUUAAUCAUAAUACAAAUUCACCAGUCCCACCACCACCACCAAUUGAGAAUACUACAACUACAAGUAGCAUUGGAAAUUCAACUGUCACGCAGAGCAAGUACAUUCCACGUCUAAUUAAUGUUGCACAUGAUCCUUUGUCUAGCCAGGCCAGUGGUCAACUUAUGCCAGAGACAUGGAAUGUUAGCGAUGUUUCUCAAUUUCUGCGUGUGAACGAUUGCAUUGUACAUUGCGAUAUAUUUAGUCAGAAUAAAAUCGAUGGUAGACGCCUUUUGCAUUUAACCAAGGAUGAAAUUAUAAAAUUGCUAGGAAUGAAGGUUGGUCCUGCUUUGAAAAUUUUCGACUUGAUACAACAGCUCAAAUGUAAAAUGAGCCCCAGCAAAUCCAAACUAUUAAGGGCAAAUAAAUUAUUUUUAUAGUACCUUUAUGUAUCGUUUAUUUGAAUAAAAAAAAAAACAUUGAUUCAUAUAAGUUUUAACCUUUUACUUUUUUUUUAUUAAUUACUGAAUACAGUCUAGUUAUUAAGAGAACAUCAUUUUUAAAAAUACAAAACAAACAUUAUAUUGAUAUAAGUUUUUGAUAAAUCUACUUCAAAUAGUUUUUAAGAAUCUGAUUAUUGCAAUGUUUUACAAGGAAUUGCAGAAUUGUCAAAAUAUUUGAUGUACC